AUGCUUACUAGGUUUGGACUUGAGCGGCUCCAACACAUCGGCCGUGGUCAGUAUGCCAGCGCACAGCUUGUCAAAGAGACCGCAAGCGGGCAAACUUUUGUCGCAAAGUGCAUCUCUUUGGCAGCGUUGAACGAGCAUGACCAGGACCUGGCGCAUCAAGAGGUCUUCCUCUUGCAGACGUUGAGCCACCCCUACAUUGUUGCAUACCGGGAUAGCUUCCUAAUUGAAGGAGCAAAUACCUUGGUGAUUGUGAUGGAGUACUGUGGCGGUGGCGAUGUUCGGAAAGCCAUCAAGGACAAAGCGAAGGAAGGUGGACAUUUUCCAGAGGAGCAAAUAAUGACGUGGUUCGUCCAGCUGUGCUUAGCGCUGCAGUACAUCCACUCAGAGAAAGUUCUGCACAGGGACUUGAAAACCUCCAACAUCUUCCUUACCGAAGAUGGCUCGGCCAUAAAGCUUGGUGACUUUGGCAUCUCACGCGUCCUGGAGGGCACCACCGAGGCUGCUGUGACCAUCGUCGGAACGCCAUACUACAUGUCUCCUGAAGUUUGCCGGAGCGAGCCAUACAACUGGAAGUCUGACAUAUGGGCACUAGGAUGCGUACUAUACGAGUGUUGCAUGCUGAAGCAUGCCUUUGAGUCCUCGUCAUUGUUGGGCCUGGUUUACAAGAUUGUCAGCGACCACUAUGAUCCCAUUCCGUCAUUCUAUUCGCCCGAGUUGAAUGAUCUCAUCAACAAGCUGCUCAUGAAGAAUGCUGAGUCCCGGCCUUCGAUCAACGAGCUGUUUGCCAAUCCGUAUGUGAAGGCUUACCUGGCCAAGCAGUCUGCUCCAGUGGCUGUGCCCAGCCCACCCGAGCCAGAUCGCAAGAAAACAACACUGAGGCCAGGCGGGGCGGCCAAGCCGCCGCCGCCACCUCCUCCACCCAAGGAGACGCCACCGGCACCUGGCCCUGCGCCCCUGGUGCCCGAGUCCAAGAUUCUUGUGAUCAUGGCGCGCAUACGGCGGCGCUUGGUGGGUCAGAAGUUGAAUUGGAUCUCAUCCUGCGCAUCCUUUGAUGAAGAUGGCGAUGGUGCGCUGACGCCAGAUGCCAUGGGACAUGCGCUGAUGACGAUGCCCCUAGGUCUCAGUGAUGAUGAGAUCAAGCAGCUGACAUCAACACUCUCUCCAUCUCCUGGGGCUAAGAUUUCCCUGGACGCCUUCAGCACGUACCUUCAAGAGGUGGCAGACGAAGUCAAGCAGUACGAGACGUGGGCUCGACAGGUCUUGGCGCCGCCUGGUAAGCGGCUGCAUGAUCUGCUGAGGGCAAAGGACAUCGAGCGCAGCGGCACGUUGGCCCCGACCAUCUUCCAAGACACGCUGCAAGAGCUUGUUCCAGUGCUGACUCCUCCACAUCUGGAGUUGUUGGCUUUGCUCGCUGACAAGAACUGCUUGGGUGACGUGGACUACGGUGAGUUCUUGGACACCUUCGGCGCUCCCAUAGCUCCCCCUUCGUCAGCGCCUCCCGGGCCUCCCGGCCCUCCCGGUCCUCCCGGCCCUCCGCGCCCACCAGCGCCUCCGGGAAUGCCGCCGCUGCCAGGAGUGAUGGCCCCUGCCCCACCAGGGAUGCCUCCUUUGCCUGGUAGCGGCUCGAGCACUGAUCCGCUUGGGUUGACCCUUGGCGGAACCCUGGGAGGAUUGGGAGGAACCCUUGGCAGUGUGGAAAUCAACUUUGAGAAGACAUUUUUCACCUGCACCUCGAGCUCCGCUCUGCAAGGCACCAACGCAGGCCGAAUGUCGCUGUCCGCUCAAGGCUGCGCCUUGAUCUUCGGGAGAAUACGCCGUAGGCUGGAGGCUGCUGGUUUGGCAUUGUCCGAUGCUUUGGCACUGUUCUUGCUCCCUGGAGAGCGGGAGCUGACCGCGGAGCAAUGGCUGGACGUUGCGUCCACAUUGCCUCUGGGGACUUCUCGAGCCGAGAUGCAGCAGUUGUUCCUCAAGGUCGAUGCAGAUGGUUCCGGCAAGGUGGCGCUUACCACACUGGAACAAGGCAUUGCCCGAGCAAACUCGGAAGAUUGCUGCAAGCCUCCAACGUGGAUAUCUGCUGCGAUCACCCAGAGAGGUUUGUGCAGCCGCAUCAGCUCUGAGCUGCAGCGACGCUGCACAGGCGGUUCCCGUCUGGCGCCAGAGGGAGCCUUCAGGCGUGUGAUCAUGGAAACGGAGAGGUAUCUCACGUCCGACCAGUUGACAUCCCUCAUUCUCCUGGCCGACAAGAGCUCUGGAGGGCUCGUGGAUUACGAGGAGUUCGCGGAGCGCUUCGGCGGCUCCGGCAGCGCGCAUCUCGGUGUUCCUGGGGGAGCGCUGCCUUGCCCUGCCGUGGAGGCAAGCCAGGCAAGCGAUGCUUCGGCCGAGGAGAUCCAGGUCGUGUGCGCUCGGACGGCCGCCGUCCUAGAGAGCCACGGCCUUCUCCCAGAUCGCUUACCAGCUCUUCUGGCUCUUUGGGGCAGCCUAGAGCUGGCCAGCUUGGCAGCAGUGCUGGCCUCCCUGCCACUGGGGCUCUCCAGACGGGAAGCCGUGGCAUUGCUGAACGGAGGCAGCGUGGAGGCGCUCAGCAGCCAGAUGGCUUCUGUGCAGAGCCAAGGGAUCUGGAGGAGUCACGUGGAGUGGGCGCAGGGCGAGAUCCCGGGCCAUGCGCUUCGGCAAGUGCUUCAGCAUCAGGUCAUCGAGGCCGAGUCCAGGACCCUGGAGCCGGGGGACUUUAUGGAGGCCUUGGCUUCAGCAGGGGUGCCUCCCAACAACAUCCAGAUGGCGAUCUGGCUUGCGCAGAAGACCAGCCAAGGCGAUGUGCAGGUGGCCUCCUUUCUGGAGUCCUUUAGCGGCAGCCCCCAGGCCUCCGCAAACAAGAAGAAGCGUGGCCUCCUCUGGCGAAUGAUGGGGCGAUGA